AGGAUGAACACAGCGAUCUUCGCCGAGCCAUGCUGCGCUCAGUGGGCAUGUUCCUGAGUGGGGAGGAGGAGGCUGAGGAAGAAGAGACCGAGGUGGUGAUUCAUCUACCGAAGGCGCCGAAGGUGACGGAUGGUGCCGUGGUGGGGCAACUCGUCAGCGGUGCGUUGCGGAAGUCGUAUGAUGCCCAGGAAGAGGACUACCUCCUCGGCUAUGCGAUGCGGCUCCUCUUGGUGCAAGGCAGUUUCCCGAUGAGCCUCCCAGAGCUACGAGAAACCUUGCAGCGAAGGUUUCCUGAGUUUCAUCCACAACUGCUGCAGCGUAGGGUCAUUUGGGUGGCAGCCUACCACCCUGAUUUGGCCUUGGAAUGGAGUUUUUCCGCUGAAAAGCUCAUCGUGGUGCAGGCUGCCUGCACCACCCGCAGAAUUGGUCACUGAAUUUGAGCGCUUUUUUCGCAAGACCUUGAGAAAAAGGCCAGAAAUCAAGUGACUGAGAUGAAUCAACCGCAGGAUUCUGCCAAUGCUCAGCAUGAUGC